CUUCCGCUUCCGCCGCCCCGCGCAUCCCCGGCGGCCGGCGCUCCCCCCUCGGCCCAGCGCAGGCGGCCGCGGCCCGGGGAGCCCCGCCGCUGCGGGGCGGGCAGCGGGCGAGUGCGGGCGGUGGCCCGAGGGGAGGGGGCGUGAGGGGCCGCCCCCCGCCCCCGCGGCGGGGCCUGGGUGGGAGCGGGGCGGCCGGGGGCGGCGCGGCGGCUCCCUCCUGGCGCGGGGGGCCGGGCCCGGCCUUGCGCUUGACCCGGGCGGGCAGCGGAGCAGCCCCCCGCACCUGGCCGGCGCUGAAACCUGCCGCCGGUAGGCCGGGUGCGGGGCAAGGAGGCGCUUAGCCCUAAUAAGGGAUUAAAAGAUGCUUAACGAAGCUGCGCAGCGGCCCCUUGAACUAGGGGGCCGUUCCCGGGCUCGGCCCGCUGCCCGCCCGGCCGGCGUGAGGGGCGCUAGGCGGGCCUGAGGGGGUAGGGGUGAGGAGCCAGGUGUCGGGGGGCCAGGCCGGCGUGAGGGGCUGUGCGAGGGGCUAGGCUGACGCGGCCGAGCUGCUGAGGAAUGGCAGGGGCGGCGGGCAGUGGUGGCGCUUCCUCCUCGGCCGUGGCGGACUGGAGCUUGGUGUUCUGGACUCUCUGCUCCGUGAUCCUGCCGGUGCUGAUCACCUUGUGGUGCAGCUUCCAGCGGUCCCGGCGGCAGGUGCUGAUACGGGACAUCUUUCGCAAGAGCAAGCAUGACUGGCACUACACGGACCUCUUCGGGCAGCCCUCCUACUGCUGCGUGUGUGCCCAGCACAUCCUUCAGGGUGCCUUCUGCACGGGCUGUGGGCUGCGUGUCAGCGAAGGCUGCCUCAAGAAGGCUGACCAGCUCUUCCUCUGCAAGGAAAUCAUGAUGAGGAGCGAUGGUGGAGCCCACAGCUCAAUGCCACACCACUGGAUCAGAGGCAAUGUCCCGCUCUGCUGCUGCUGUAUGAUAUGCAAACAACAGUGUGGCACACAGCCCAAGCUCUGCGACUACAGAUGUGUGUGGUGUCAGUACACUGUACAUGAUGAAUGCAUGAUGGAUUGUUUAAAGACUGAGGAGUGUACAUUUGGAGAAUUCAGAGACUUAAUUAUCCCACCAUACUAUAUGUCUACAAUCAACCAGAUGCGUAAAGACAAAAGAACAAAUUAUGAAAAGGUAGUACCUUACUGCAGAAAACACUGGAUGCCAGUAAUCAUACUGGCUAAUACUCGUAGUGGAAACAACAUGGGUGAAACUUUACUAGGAGAAUUUAAAAUUCUGCUGAACCCCGUUCAGGUAUUUGAUCUAAGCAAAAUUGCACCUGCUAAAGCACUCCAACUUUGUACCUUGCUGCCUUGCAAUGCUGUCAGGGUUCUUGUCUGUGGUGGGGAUGGCACAGUAGGCUGGGUCCUGGAUGCAAUUGAUGAAAUGAAGAUAAAGGGGCAAGAACGUUAUAUUCCACAAGUUGCAAUUUUACCUCUGGGAACAGGUAAUGACCUGUCUAAUACACUGGGCUGGGGUGCAGGUUAUGCUGGAGAAGUCCCUGUAGAGCAGAUCUUACGAAAUGUCAUGGAGGCAGAUGGAAUCAAACUAGACAGGUGGAAGGUUCAAGUGACAAACAAAGGAUACUACAACUUAAGGAAACCAAAGGUAUUCACAAUGAACAACUACUUUUCUGUAGGACCUGAUGCUCUCAUGGCUUUAAAUUUUCAUGCUCAUCGUGAGAAGACUCCCUCUCUCUUUUCCAGCAGAAUUAUUAACAAGGCUGUUUAUUUUUUUUAUGGAACCAAAGACUGCUUAGUACAAGAAUGUAAAGAUCUUAACAAAAAGGUUGAGCUAGAAUUGGAUGGUGAGAGAAUCGAGUUGCCCAAUUUGGAAGGCAUCAUUGUCCUGAAUAUUGGAUACUGGGGAGGUGGCUGUAGGCUCUGGGAAGGAAUGGGCGAUGAGCCAUACCCCUUGGCAAGACAUGACGACGGACUUCUGGAAGUUGUUGGUGUUCAUGGUUCUUUCCACUGUGCCCAGAUUCAGGUGAAGCUAGCAAAUCCUGUUCGCCUGGGGCAGGCACAUACCGUGAGGCUGAUCUUGAAGAGUUCAAAGAUGCCGAUGCAGGUGGAUGGAGAGCCGUGGGCUCAGGGGCCCUGCACUGUUACCAUAACUCACAAGACACAUGCACUGAUGUUGUAUCACUCGGGUGAACAAACAGAUGACGACGCUUCCAGUGUGUCUGAGCAAGACCACAUUAGAGAACAGACGGAUGAAGACGUAUAGAUGUCAUGGAAUUAACAUAGUGCAAUGAUGAACUUCAGCUCACUAAAACACUGAAAGCACCUAACCUCAGAUGAAGGUUUAUGCCCUAAGGUUCAUACUUGUGAAUGAACUAGAACUGAGGAAAAAGCCAUGCUUUUACGUCCAUGAAAACUUUCACAGCUAAAUUACCGUGAACUGUUUCUUGCCUUUUUGAUUGGUGGGGAUGCCCGCCCUUUCUAGGUGGAGCAGUUAUUUAUUACUCCAAUGGCCAGAAAGAGACGCAUAUUGCAGCCCUUCUUUGCUGUGGAGUCGGAUCUUCUGCACAUACACAGUAUAGAAUGCAAAAUGUUUGAUACCCUUGGAAAGGGGGAACAGCUGGCAGUUUGGCCUGUUUCCCCCUGCUCUGUUCCCCAGAACAGUCCCAGAACAGAAAACCAGACCAAGCAGGAUGUGGGCUGGCGUUCUGACAACAGGCCCGCUCCUGGCUGCCGUCUCUUCUUGGGAACAAGACAAGUACUCUUCUGUGCACCUGCCGGCGCAGUGCCUAUCUCAUAGGCUUGAUGGAGAGAGCAGAGGAUCUGGGAGCUCUUGGGAAGGUGGUUAGCAAGAAAGAUGAUUUUGGACAUAGGUUUCUGGAAAUGUUCUGUUAGCAAAUGACCUUUUUCAUUGGCUUUGUAAGCCAUACGUAGAGUACUACUGAGGUCCCAAGUACCCAAGAUACAACUUCCGAAUAAUUGUACCGUGACUUGUACUGAAUGAUCCUGUGGCUCUGCUUCUGUUCAGUGAGAAACUAAUUCUAGUUUUUGUACAUAGCAGCAUUGUAGUUCUUGAGGAGGCUUUUUAGGGGCUGUUUAGAGGAGGAUUUUAAAGAAAAAAUGAUGAUUGGCAAAUGUGGGGGUUUUUUUGAAAGCUUGUUAAAGAUCUUGCUUCAUAAUUACCCAAAAAUGAUCAACAGUAAGUCAGUCUGUUAACUAUUGCAAUUUUAAGUGUGGAGGCUGAGAGCUAAGUUUGCAGAGGUUAGCAGGUUCUGGCAUUCACAUGUAUAAUUUCUCAAAAAAACAUGGAAGCAUUUGUUUUCCAACUGGCUCUUAGGGGGACAAAGAUACCUUGUUGGACCUGAAACUUCAUUUCCUAUAUGAAUAUAGGGCAAGAAAAAGAUUAGUGGCCCAUGCUGAUAGUAAAGGUUAAGAACACAUACAACAAUACACAGAAACUGUCAGUUUGACUUAUCUGAAGCUUCUCAGGUUAAAAGCUUCUCAGGUGAAAACAUCUUCAUGGUUACUAGAAGUAAAAAUCUGCUUCCUUUUUUCUUUUCUGUUGCAGGUAUUUUAAGCCUGCAGCAGUUGAGAGCUAUGAGUUGAGGUUUAAAAUCUGUCAUUCAUUUAGUUGAGUCCAGUUGAGUUACUGAAGGUGAUCUUCCAGGUAGGGAGAGAAUUUAUGCUAAAUGUAUACUGCAUAAGCUAAGAUCAUAAGAAAACUUGAGAGCUUUGGUCUGAACUUUGAAUGUUGCUGCUUUUGUCAGAACUCCCCCAAUCUUUUUCUUUUCUUUUUUUUUUUUUUUUUUUUUUUUUUCUUCUGGUGUUUCUGGUUUUGGUGUUUGUUUUUUUUAUGCUAACUGAAAGUGAUACCAUUGGGUAAAGUAGGCAAUGUUUCUAGGUUUUGUAAAAUGAAACUGUUUUUCAGCUGUCUAUAAAAUGACAUUUGCAUUAACGGUGAAUGAACUAUUUAUAUUUUAAAAUAAUUUAUUGAAACCUUGGCAAAGUCAGUAUUUUUAAAACCUUCAAUUGUAAUCCUCUUUGGAGAGCAUUUUUUUAACUUGAUGGUGUUUGUUGUAGAAAUUGUAUGUACUAGAUCUUAAGUACUACUGAUUAUCAGUGAAUUUACAGCUGUCCGAAAAUGUGAUUAGAGUGUAAUGAACUGUAAAGCAGAAGCCAUUUGUAAAUUCCAUAUUCAUUAGCCUUAUACAUAUCAUCUUAGUUUAUUGUAUGUAAAUAUAGAGAACAAAUUAAUAGUUAAAUCUAUGUAAAAAUAUCUAUACUAUUAUAGUAUACUAUGUAUAGUAUAGUACACUACCUUUUUUUUUAGUUACAAGGUUCAAUUUAUAUUAGCUUCAAAAAUCUUACUAGUUAUUAAUAUUUUUUUAAUAACUUGUAACAGUAUCCUAAAAAUAGUUCUGUGCUAUGGUUGUGUAACUGUUGUUUACAAACAAAUUACAAGUCUCUGGAAAAGCAGGGUAUGUGCUAUGAAAGGCAGUAUUUUCUCAGAGAAAUGACACCACUGGCUACUUAAUCUAAACUAUUCAUAAAACAGUUUAAAGAGUUAUCUGAAGUUGAUAGAUUUAUAGCCUAAGAACCUUUAACUAUUCAAAAGCUUCACUGUGAACUCCUGACAUCUAGAAAAAAAAUAAUCAAUGCAAGACUUUGAAAGUCUCCCUUUUUUACAGUAGGUGAGCUGGCUUCUCUACUCGUGCUUUGCCUGAGUGGGUGCCAGUGACGUUGUACUGUGUUUGUGCCAGCAAGAUCCUCCCCCUUACUGUGGCUUACUAGGAGUCAAGUUCUGUCCUAAAUGCGUGAAAUCCUCUUUGGGAACUGUAAAUCCAUCAUUCCUUUUGGGGAAGCGUAGGAGAAUUAGAAGUGAAAGUAGCAUCUAAUGGGGCUCUUGUUUGGGGGGACCCUCAGUAAAUGGUCUUGUUUGUAUUGGACCGAUCAUCCCCUUGUUGCAGGUGGACGUUAAGAAGUUUGUUUCACAAAUUCACUGUUGGUGAUUGCAGCACAAACGAUCCAUAGCAAAUGUAGCCAUUGUAAGCAUGGGGAAGCCUCUUGUAAAAUUGUAUUUAUGGUAUGGAGAAUAUUCUGUAAGAUUGAAGUGCCCAGUCCCAAUCAGACAUGGGGUCAUCCUUCUAUUGUAACUAUAUAGCUGUCAUAUGCAUGACCAAAAAAAAAGUUCUUUUUAAGCGUACAGUGUUAGCACUAGAGUCUGUUGGGAAGUCUUGCUAUUUUCAACACGCUGUCCUUUGAUUUCAAUGAAUCCUCCUUUCCACUAUGUUGCAAAUUGCAUUAAAGUCUGGUUUGAGUUACUUUUAUGGAACUGUUUUAAGUUUUAGUCCAACUGCAGACAGUAAAUGUCAGCAAUGGGCUCCCAGUUUCUAAUGCUAGCAUAAAUGAACUUUCCUAAUUUGUAAUAUAGCUGUAGUUGCUUAAUGUUGUCAUGUGUGUGUUGUGACUGUAAAGCUGUUACAUGCUUUUUUUAAUGUUGUAGGUGCAUAAAGCACCAACCAGUGCAAAUAGCUACUCUGUAGCUCUUUGAAAACAGAUUGGAAACCUGAGAAUACUGCUGUACAUUCUCUAUCCAGAAGAGGGUACUCUGCAGCUGGAUCUCACCUCCUGCACUGAAGAAUUUUCCUUUACCCUGUAAACGAUUAACAUUUGGAAAAAGAGUGAAAGCGAUGUUUCAAAAAGACAGAUAAUGAAUAAUUUCUUCUGGCAGUUUUGAUACGGUAUACCUUUGUGUAAAAUGUACAGGGUGAAUAAUAACAUCAGUUGUCAAGUGCUCAAAAGUAAAUUCACAAAGUUUUAAGUUUUAUUGCUGUAUAUGCUAGCUUAACUGAAGUUCGGUCCGAUUCAGAUAGCUUUACUGUAGGUUCUCAGUCCUGUGACAUGUAAUAGGAAAAACUCGAACUUGUACGGAGAGCCUGUGAGUCAGCUUGCUGCCUUGCUCAAACCUCGCUUGUUUUCACACCUGUUGAGAGGAUGUGUAUGCAUAUUUUGAUGUGUGUAGAAUUUCUUGUCAUAGGCUUUGUUUUACUUUGUGUUUUCACUUCAGCAAUUCAUAGCAGGGUUAAACAGCUUCAAAUAUCACCUGCGUUUUGGAUCUUUCUCCAUGUCUGGACUUUUUUAAAAAGGUAUCUGAAGCCCAAACUUGCAUUCUUUGUCUUCAAAAACAGCUGAGGUGAGCAGCAUUCACUUGCAUAUAUUUUUUUUUAAGUAUGUCUGUUGUGCCUGGUAUUUAAAGCAGGUUAAGGUAGUAUUUAGAGUGUACUUUUAGCAACAAUUUGGAAUUAUUGCAGUUAUUACAGAACAUAGUCUUGUGGUUUUUCUACUGCAAUGGCAAUAUUUCUGUUUCAAAUUAAUUUGGAAUUAUGCUCAAAUUUGAACAUUUCUCCCAGCUAGCACUGUUAUGAAUUGCAUUUCUUGUUCAUAAUAUGAAGACCGUAUAGCGUAAUUUAUAGAUUUGCUACUCUUUUUAUAUGUUCACUUUCGAUGUUGCCCCUUCAUAGGGUGUUUUUUUUCCCAGGUCUUGCUUUUCAUAGGCACUAAGGAACUUGAAAUGCCAUUUACUUUAGUUAGAAGCUUGAAGUACUUGCUCUUGGAAAACAGACUUGAGUUUCUCCUGGUUGCAGAAUAAAGUGCUGCCAUGUUUGCACACACUUGGGGAAAAUAAUCUUGUUGAGACAGUGCUUGUAGCAAGAGUAAGUUAGAAGUUUCUUCUGUAUAACUUCAGCUGACUCAGGUUGAGAAUUUGUUCCCCUAUACGUUUUGUCUUGCUGAUGUUUACAACUAUUCAGUAAAUACUGCUUUCCCUCAGUCAUUUAAUUACUCAUUUCAUGCUGUCUCACUACUUUCAGCUAAAAACAUCAUUUGGGACAGUAUCAAAAGCUCUGCUGAAGCCAGGAUAGUGAGCCUGGCAUCUGUCCAUUUUAUCCAUGCCAGCUAGCUUGUCAGAAAACAAAAUCGGAAUGGCUUCACACAGUUUAUUCCUAGCCCAGUAUUCCCCACUGUUUGGCUUUUUCAGUCACCAUAAUCACACCUGGAAGGUAACUAGGAAAGACUCCGAAGGUUCCUGGUCUCCCUGACCUAUUUUCAAUGUACAGUUUUUGCUCUUUGCUGCUGGAGAGGAACCUCCCCAUUCUCCACAGGUUCUCAGAACUGGUAGUUAAAGGUUCUGGCUUGAGUUUGGCCAGUUCCUUCUGGUUCUGCAUUAUGUUGCACAGAAGCUCACAACUUUUAUGGUGUAUGCUAUUGUAUCUCACUGGUUUGUAAAAAAAAAAAAAACUGAAAGCACUGUACUUUAGCUGUGAACGGCAUAAUGGCAUCAAUGUUACGAUAGUUACUCUUUCUCACUUGGCAACAAAUGCUUUUUGGUAGAGCACCACUGUAACCAAGUUAGUUAAUCUGUAGGUAAGAGUAGGACACUUGGGAAUCUUUGCAUGUGUUCUAACUGAAAAUCCUUUUUUGUUCUGUAUUUCAUACCAACUACUGGCAGUUUUCUUCCUUUUGGAAAAGAAGGAGGAUUUGACCCUUCAGUUAGGAGUAAACUAGGAUAUUUUCAGAUUUAAAAAUAGCAGCAUAUAACUGAUCCUGUUGAAUGUGAACCAUUUAUUUAAAAUGCUCUGAUUUUUUUCUGAGAAAUGAUAGCUUGCUGCUUGAACACAGGAAUGAGACAACAGAGAUCAGUUGUUCAUUUAGCAAUUAGGUAUAUUGAGAGAAUUUAUGCAUUGUCUAUUUCAACUUUGUUUAGGUCACAGUUCUAAAAGCACGACAUGUCUUUGUCUCACUAGCAGUGCUGAAUACCCAGUUCAGGUUUUGGGCAUCUCAGGGAGAGACUUCUAGCUGGAGUAAAGCCACAUGCCUUGACUAAACCUAGUGGUGUUAUGCGAACUUACAUUAGUUGAGGUUCCGGCCCUUAACUGUUCAAAAGUGUGAAUGUAUUCAAAUUUUUACUUUGUUUCUUGUUAAUACUGCCCUGUUUACUGUGUUGUAUACCUUUAUUGCUGUAUGUAAUUAAUUUCUUGUUGCAUUUGCAACUUGUUUGUAGAUUUCAGCAUAAAAAUAAUUUUACAAGUGGGAACUUCCAUUGUGAGUUUAUUGCGUUCUGUAUCUUCAGAGUUUACAUCCCUCAAAAGCCAUUUUGUCUGCUACCAGCUGUUGUAAUCCAUAGAGUACCUCCAGCCAUCUUCUCUUUCUAGGAUUUUUAUAGUUAAACAGAAUGUAUUUUUAUUUUUGUAGCUUGUAACUUCAAUAUGUAUAGUAGUUAUUUCUAUUUAGUAAUUAGUGAUUAGAAUACUGUAAAAAUGUUACUUUUAAGAGCGGUAACUUUAAAUUAGUAAUAACUAAUUACAAGAAAAUACCAGCAUGUUAACAGUUUAGAAAAAGAAAAGUUACUCUUUAGCUUGGAAAUACUGUGAUGCUGUGACUUGGGAUUUGUAUUAAACGUGUUCAUGCAUAUAUUCUGAAGUUGCACUAAAUAGGGAAAAAAUGAGCUUAAAAUGCAAGUAAUAGAUCAAAAAGUAGAAUUUAUAACGUUGGGAUUUGUUUUUGUUUUUUCAACUGAGAAAGGUGACAUUUGGGAUUCGGGGUUUUUUUUUUCUUUUGUUUUCCCAUGAAAGAGUAAGGAAGGAGUGAUCAGUGUACUCUUGACAGAACAGUUGGUUUUUUUAUGGUGCAGUUUGAGAGAUGUAUUAUUUAGUGCCCAAACAUAAGCAAAAGCUGUCUGCACCAUUCCUGCCUCUCAGAAAACAAAACCUCAGUGCAAACCUGUCUGCUCACAGCUAUAAAGUAUAUGAGAUCUCACUUGCAAGGAAAUAACUAACUGACAUAACACUGAACCUCCAAUAUAAAUGUUUAAAGUCAAAAUUUGCUAAUUUUUUCUUGACAUCAUGAUGCUUUCAAACCCAAAUUGUUUUUCCUUUGUGUUUUUUUUUAAAGAAGGCAGGUUGAAGUGAGAGGGUAAGGAGGUACUGCUGUAAAACUCUUGGUCAUAAAAGCUGGGAAGAGUGUUCUUUAUUUACCCUGUAGGCACAGGGUGCGUGCGUGUGGAGCGUCUCGUAGAAGUCUGCUUUGUUUGCGUUCUCAUCGGCUUCAUCCAGUGUUUCGGAGGAGGGUAACAAUAUUAUGGCCCCCUAUAACUGUGAUGUUUGCUCCAGCCGUUACACGCGGUGGUGUCUUAGUUGAGGAGCUGGGCCAGGUUCUGUCUGUCAGAAGCUGCAGCCUCAGUGAAGUCCCAGCACUGCCCCUGGUUCUGUGGUGGUCUCACCAUUAACACAAGUGGGACUGAAGAAACCUUUUGUCUUCAGUCAGUUGUGUCAUGGCCUGCCUGUUGUGACCUGGGCUUCCAGAAGGCUCUUUUGAGAAACAUCUGCUCCAUAUUAUUCUUAGAAGUUUGUAAAUACAGAUUCUUCACAGCGCUGGCUCUGUUACUGAAUUUUCCUAACACGUAUUUUUGUUGUCUUGUUAUUUGUACUGUAUUUCUCUGUAGAUUAAAGUGUGUGGAUUAAAGUAUUUCAACUCAGUUUUUCCUGUUCCCCACUGUGCGUAACCGCAAACGUGAGUUUUCAGCUCUGCAAUAACCUAGUGAUGAUAGCGACUGCCGGGCCUGCCGAGGGCUGCAGCGUGAUGAACUUCGUCAUUUUGAGAACGAAGUUGCGUUCCGUUGAAUGCUGCAACCGUGCUCCUGCCUGAGAUCCCCGCCGCAAAGUCCAGGCGUUUCAAACCUCAGAUACGUGAGAAUUUCUAGACAACACG